CCUGCAUAGUAGCAUGCCGCACUGUCGCUCCAGCAAGAGCACUGAAAUGAGGGGCAGCUCACAAAUGCUUAUCUUUCUGCUCUGGUGUUGCCUGUCUACUUUGCCUUUAAGUGCAGGGUCUCCACAUCACUUCCAAGACUAUUUUGAAGAAUGGGACAAUAACAAUGCAGAGAAUUUGGCUUUGUGUUUUACUCAGUGGAGGGCACUUCAGACACAGCCUCAGCUCACUAAAUUUGUUAUGGACUUUUGCAAUACCAUCCUACAAAAUAUGCCAAGAACUGAGGGUGAUGAUGGUAUAAGCAUGUAUAAAAGAUUUUUAUUUCAUUACUCCAAAACGCAAACACCACAUCUGAAAAAUGCAUUGUCCGCUGUGCACCCAUUACUUCAUCUUGCUCCAAAGCUUUCUGAAAGAAGAAUGGAUCGAUCUCUUGAUUCAACUCUUUGGAAUAAUCCCUGAGGCACAACAGAACAGUUACUAUCUUCAAUGGACCUCCAUCCCUUGAAAGUGUCUAAUAAUCAUAAACUAUAUACAGGCUGUACCUUUGGACAGUUUGUGGUAAAUCACAAGAUAUUGUAAUAUGCUGCUGAAAAUUAGAGAUGUGCUUUCUACUGUGAAUAAUAAAUAUC